GAGAGAAGAGAGAGAGAGAAGAGAGAGAGAGAGAGAGAGAGAAGAGAGCGUGCAGCAGAGUGCAUCACGAAACGUUAGCCCGGCCGAUAAUAAGCUAUCGAGGCUCUUAUUCGUCAAUUUCCAUUCUAUAUCGCGGGCACGAGAGUUUGCACGAGUAAGCCGGCGACAUGUCUUCGGCGGUAGCCAAAACUUCGAAGUACUCGUAUCGUAGUGGACCUGGCGGCGGACAGGCCGACGUCAGCAUAGAGUACAGUGCCGACCUGAGCGCUCUCUCCAGACUCGAGGACAAAAUCCGCCUCCUACAGGAUGACAUUGAGUGUGAGAGGGAACUGCGUCAGAGGAUUGAACGCGAGCGUGCCGACUUGAGCGUGCAGGUCAUCCAGCUGUCCGAACGCCUUGAGGAAGCCGAGGGUGGUGCCGAAUCUCAGUUCGAAAUCAACAAGAAAAGAGAUACGGAAUUAGCGAAGCUCAGGAAACUCCUCGAGGAUGUGCACCUCGAGAGUGAGGAGACGGCUCAUCUGCUGCGUAAGAAGCACCAGGAAGUCGUCGUUGACUUCCAGGAUCAGAUCGACCAGCUAUCGAAAGCACGUGCCAGAGCCGACAAGGAAAAAUCAAAAUUCCAGCAGGAGGUAUACGAGCUCCUCGCCCAGCUGGACAGUGUUACGAAGGAAAAGCUAUUGUCGAUAAAAACUGUUGAGAAAUUAGAGUUUCACGUAUCCGAGCUCAAUGUCAAAAUCGAAGAAAUUAACCGUACCAUCGUUGACAUUACCAGCCACAAGGCCCGUUUGUCGCAAGAAAACAUUGAACUGGUGAAGGAAGUUCAGGACUUGAAGGUUAAUAUCGAAAACAUCACUUACCUGAAAUCACAAGUGAUUGGUCAGCUCGAAGACGCUCGUCGUCGACUGGAAGAUGAAGAAAGGCGUCGAUCUCUGGUUGAAGCUUCUCUUCAUCAGGUGGAAGUGGAAAUUGAAUCCGUACGCGUGCAAUUGGAAGAAGAGUCGGAGGCUCGUUUGGAAUUGGAGCGUCAACUGGUGAAGGCCAAUGGCGAAGUCUCGAUCUGGAGAUCCAAGUACGAGACCGAAGCUAACGCACGCGCCGAAGAGGUUGAGGAAUUGCGCAGGAAAUACAGCGCGCGUAUCCAGGAGCAAGAGGAACAGAUCGAGAACCUGCUGGUCAAGAUCAAUAACCUCGAAAAGCAAAAGUCUCGCCUGCAAUCCGAAGUCGAAGUGCUUAUCAUUGACUUAGAGAAGGCCAAUGCAACGGCUCGGGAGCUGCAGAAACGCGUGGAGCAUCUGGAGAAGGCCAAUAUCGAGCUUAAGUCCCGUCUCGAUGAAACCAUCAACCUCUACGAGGUCAGUCAGCGCGAUCUGCGCAACAAGCAGCAGGAACUCCAACGCACCAAUGCCGAGCUCGACAAGACCCGCGAGCUCAAAGAUCAGCUGGCACGAGAGAAUAAGAAGCUCAGUGACGAUCUUAGCGAUGCUAAGAACCAGCUGGCCGACAUGAACCGCCGACUUCACGAACUUGAGUUGGAACUUCGCCGCCUGGAGAACGAGCGCGAGGAACUUGCCGCUGCGUACAAGGAAGCUGAGGCCGGACGGAAAAUCGAGGAGCAACGUUCGCAACGCUUAUCUGCCGAGUUGAGCCAACUCCGCCAUGAGACCGAGCGACGCCUCGCCGAGAAGGAUGAAGAAAUCGAGGCAAUCCGCAAAGCGACGAGCAUCGAAAUCGAGCAGCUAAAUGCCCGCAUUGUCGAGGCCGAGGUCAGACUCAAGUCGGAGGUGCAGCGCGUCAAGAAGAAGCUGCAGAUCCAGAUAACGGAGCUCGAGUUGUCCCUCGAUGUCGCCAACAAGAACAACAUCGACCUCCAGAAGACCAUCAAGAAGCAAUCACUUACCUUGACUGAAUUGCAAGCUCACUACGACGAGGUACAGCGCCAGCUGCAAGUGACGCUCGAUCAGUUGGGCAUCAGCCAACGUCGCCUGCAAUCCUUGACUGCCGAGCUCGAAGAAAUUCGCGGUAACUACGAAUCCGCCCUUCGAGCCAAGAGGACGGUCGAGCUCCAGUACGAGGAGGCGCACAGCCGCAUCAACGAGCUGACGACCAUCAACGUGAACAUCGCUUCGACCAAGGCCAAGCUCGAGCAGGAACUGUCGACCCUCGCUGGCGACUACGAGGAGGUGACGAAAGAGCUACGCGUAAGCGACGAGCGCUACCAGAGAGUCCAGAACGAGCUCAAGCAUACCGUCGAGAUCCUGCACGAGGAGCAGGAGCGCAUCGUGAAGAUCGAGGCGAUCAAGAAGAGCCUGGAGAUCGAGGUGAAGAAUCUAUCGGUGCGGCUUGAGGAGGUCGAGGCCAACGCCAUCGUCGGCGGCAAGCGUAUAAUCAGCAAGCUCGAGGCCAGGAUCCGCGAUCUCGAGCUGGAGCUCGACGAGGAGAAGCGCCGACACGCGGAGACGGUCAAGAUCCUGCGUAAGAAGGAGCGCAACAUCAAGGAAGUGAUGAUCCAAGUCGAGGAGGACUCGAAGAGCAUCGCCCUGUUACAGGAGUCUCUGGACAAGGCCUGCCAGAAGGUCAACAUCUACAAGCGCCAGCUCCAGGAGCAGGAGGGCAUGUCCCAACAGAGCGUGACAAGGGUGCGCCGUUUCCAACGCGAGCUCGAGGCCGCGGAGGACCGGGCCGACACCGCCGAGUCCAACCUCACGCUCAUACGCGCCAAGCAUCGCAGCUUCGUCACCACGUCCACGGUGCCGGGCUCCCAGGUCUACCUCGUUCAGGAGUCGAGGCAGGAGCUUUAACCGGCUUCCAUCCGCCAUCCGCACGAAGAACGAAACUUUUUUGGGCGAGGAAGAGUGAGCAGAAACAACGAUUAAUAAGAAUUUAAGGGAUUCGGACACAAGCAACAUCUCGAGGUGACGAAGGCUCUGAUAUCCAAAUGCAGAAAUGCCUGUUUACCAAUAUUCUAAUAAAAAGGAGGCAUUUUAUUGAUGAAUAUCAGUGAAAAGAGUAUAAGCCAGCGAAACCGUGUAACAGUCGAGCGCCAGCAGCGAAGCCUUUGAAAAGCAAAAAUUUCUCGUAAAUUGCAUAUUACACGUCGAGUUUCUCUCAUCUAAGCUUUUUUCUUUCUCGCCCGUAAACAUAAACAAACAUGCACACGAAUACGGACACUCUCAUGCAAAAAGAAACGCACACCCAUCACACGUAAACAGCUACACGCCUACAUCCAAAAAAAAAAAAA